CCAGCCCCCUCCCCUGGGGUCCGUGGCCCUGCGGCCGUUAUAAAUAGUCCCGUGGGCUCCCCCUGCUCUGACAGUGAGGCUAAAUGUCUGCAGGACAUGCUCAACCUUUGUCUAUCAAUGUUCCUCUACUAACCACCAGCAGGGUUGGCAUAUAGAUGCACAGAGACCAACGCUCCGCUCCACACAGACAGGACACAGGUCUCUAUGACUAGACUAGACAGAAAGCGACGUUGCAGGUCAUUGGAAGUCAGUAAAGUUAGUGACUCCUAGAGAGUUGCAUGUGGAACUGUUGUUUAAGUGCGGAAGCAUCUUUAGGUUUAGAGAGGCAUUUUUUGCUUCUAAGUUUGCUGUCUUGUUUUUUGUUUAUACUACCUUGAAGGCAUCACUGAGAUAGUCAUUAUUGAUACGGUAAACAGAGCUUGGUGACUCAAAAGGAGAAUACACAUUUUCUCCUGUUUUCGCUCCUCUUUUCAUCCCUCCAUUGCUUUGGGGUAGCCUCUUGACUUUUUGGCCACCAUGUGGGAGUUCCGGUCCAUGUCGUUCUGGCGGGCGGUGUUCGCUGAGUUCUAUGGCACCAUGUUCUUUGUGUUCUUUGGUCUGGGGGCGGCUUUGCGUUGGACCACCGGGCCCCACAACGUUCUCCAUGUGGCCUUUUGCUUUGGCUUGGCCGCUGCCACCCUCAUCCAGUCCAUCGGUCACAUCAGCGGGGGACACAUCAACCCGGCCGUCACCUUCGCCUACCUGAUUGGCUCCCAGAUGUCCCUGUUCCGCGCCUUUUUCUACAUCGUGGCCCAAUGUCUGGGGGCGCUGGCUGGGGCCGCCGUGCUCUACGGGGUCACCCCCAACAACAUGAGGGGAAACCUGGCACUCAACACGCUGCAGCCAGGUAUCAGCCUGGGCAUGGCCACCACCAUGGAGGUGUUCCUCACCCUGCAGCUGGUUGUCUGCAUCUUCGCUGUGACCGAUGAGAGGCGUAAUGGACGCCUGGGCUCUGCCGCCCUAGCCAUCGGCUUCUCUGUCCUCAUAGGACACCUGCUGGGGAUGUACUACACUGGUGCUGGAAUGAACCCUGCCAGGUCCUUCGCCCCCGCUGUCCUGGUCAGAAACUUUGUCAACCACUGGGUGUACUGGGUGGGUCCGAUGAUUGGUGGUGCUAUGGGAGCUAUUAUCUAUGAUUUCAUGCUGUUUCCCCGCAUGCGCGGUCUCUCUGAGAGGAUGGCCAUACUGAAGGGCACCAGGCCCACAGAGGCUGAGAGCCAGCAGGACACCCGAGGAGAGGCCAUCGAGCUCAAGACUCAGGCCCUAUAAGCCUGGUGGAAGAAGGUUGGCUUUUUGAACCCCCUAUCCCCCUAUUCUGUACCCAAACCCCCUCCGAACCCUCAACCCCACCCAACACACACGCGCACACAUACCUCUUCCCCCCUUCCCCUUUAACCCACCCACACACAUAGUAACCACAGACACAAACCCUCCUCACCCUCACAACAAUUCCACCUUCCUCACCAUCCUCAUUCUCACUCUGCUGAUCCAGAAACAGGACGUGCUGAAUUACAGGGCAGCCAAAGCCCUAACCACCCUCCAACACUCCACCACUGACCCUCACCCAUACCUCCCCCUUGGACUGCAGGAUAAAGACGUAGGGUAAGAAGAGGACUUAGUUGCCACUGAAGAAAGCACCCUACUGUGGCCUGUGGUGUAGGGAAUGGGUCACUCCUGGCUGACCAGGUGGCUAUAACUGCUCAGGACAGGGGCAUCUCUCUCUCUCUCUCUCGUUUGUAGUCUGCUAGGAGUGAAGCUACAGUAGAGCAGUGGACUUCUGCAUGCUUUUUCCAAUUUUUUAUCCAGUUUGAAUCUCUCCCUUGUGUUUUUCUGUUUUUGUUUCAUGAAACUUUGGGAACCUGACAUGUAUGUUAUAUUAUACCUUCAAAGAAUAUAAGGAUAUGAGGAUUUUAUUCGACUCAAAUUCCAUUUUCAAGUCUUGCGUGUGUUGUGUGUGCGUGUGUGUGCCUGUUUUAGCAAACCAUUUUUAUUCUGGCCUUUUUUCAUUACCACAAUUCCUUUGUUCGUUAUCAUGCUUUGUUGUCUUUAUUCAUCACGCUGCAGCCUAUUCUAAGGGAAAGAAGCAUCUUUUGCCCCCCUCCUCCUUCAUUGAUUUUGCUACAGUAAAGUUCUGAUUCACUAGUAGUUUUACAGACAACAUAUUUAGAGUGCUCCCCUUUUAUCGCAAAGCCCUUACAUUUUUGCGUUGAAGUCAAAUUGUUCUGAGUCUGUGUCUUUUCAAGGGGAGCACAAACACAGUCAGAUUUAUAUCAGAAUAAACACACAACACACAAAACUUAACAGGUCUUUUGUUAACUCAAUCUCCAUCUCUAUUUAAACACAUCUUGAAAGGGAAAGGGGGAUACCUAGUCAGUUGUACAACUGAAUGCAUUCAACUGAAAUAUGUCUUCCGCAUUUAACCCAACCCCUUUGAAUCAGAGAGGUGCGGGGGGUUGCCUUAAUCGACAUCCACGUCAUCAGCGCCCGGGGAACAGUGGGUUAACUGCCUUGCUCAAGGGCAGAAUGACAGAUUUUUACCUUGUCAGCUCGAGGAUUCGAUUCAGCAACCUUUCGGUUACUGGCGCAAGUCUCCUACCCGCAAAGCUACCAAAUUGUACAUUAUUAUAAUUUUUUUACUACAAAAUUCCACUUCUUUGACCUGUUGGCUCUCCUUGACUUUGAUACAGCCAUGUUAAGUGCCUAAGAAGAUAAAAGGGUUUUUACUGUAUGCAGUUCAGUACCAGUAUUAUCUGUACCAGACUGUUACGUUUUACUCAGUUUCUGGAAUGCCUUUUUUUUCAUUAAAGCUUGUGCCCUUAGAGCAGAUUUAUGUACAGACGUGUGACAGCUGGAUUGGCUUUCAUUUCGUGUCAUUUUAUGUAAUAACAACAACAAAAAACCUGACCGGCUUUGUUAUGUGGAUCAAGCUUGUUUUCUUAGUUGAUUGUAGUUCUUUCUUAUACAUAACCUUUUAAAGAUAAAAAAUCACCAAAUUGUGGCUGAAAACCAAAAUGAGUGCAUGAUGAUGCAGUGGCUUCUUGUUGGUGUUAGCAGACACCUGGUGCAUUUUCUCUUCUCUCUAGGGGGAGAGGUUAUCUUUUCUCUCUAGGGGGAGAGGUUCUCUUUUCUCUCUUGGGGGAGAGGUUCUCUUUCCUCUCUAGGGGGAGAGGUUCUCUUUUCUCUCUAGGGGGAGAGGUCUAGGGGGAGAGGUUCUAGGGGGAGAGGUUCUCUUUUCUCUCUAGGGGAAGAGGGAUCGAUUUAAGAUCAGGGAGUUAUUUUCAGU